AUGACUAAUUAAUUCACUAGACAAGAUUUAAUUCAGCUUGCUAAGUUAUCUGAUAGAGCUGAAAAAUACAAUGAGAUGAUUACCUACAUGUUAUUAGCUUCUAAAUUCAAUUAAGAUUUCUCAGAUGAAGAAAGAAAAUUGUUUACUUUUGCCAUCAAAAAGUCAACUUAACCAAGAAGAACUGCAUGUACCUUUAUUUCAAAUAUUUAAGACAAAAAAGAUAAAGAAGAUGAAUAAUUUCAAAAAUGCUUACAAGCUUUUAAGUAAAAGAUUGCAAGAGAAUUAAUUUAACUGUGUGAUGAUAUUUUAGAAGCUGUAAUCCACUCUCUGAAUAACAAGAUAUUAACUGUUGAAUCAAAAGUUUAUUACUUGAAGAUUAAAGGUGACUGCUACAGAAUUUUGGCUGAGUAAGAUUUUGGAAAUACGCAUGCUUCUGAUAAUGCGUUUGAAACUUACUCUUUAGGCUACGACAUAGCUCAAUAAAAAUUAUGCCCUCUUAAUUCUAUUAGGCUAAGCUUAACCAAUAAUUUUUGUGUUUUUUACUAUGAAAUAAUGCGGGAUCCAACAAAAGCAUGCUUAACUGGUCAGAAAUUAAUUAAUUUAGCUUUAGAUCAUGCAGAACUUAACGGAUGCGAAAGUUGUAACAAUUUUACAGCAACUAAAUCAGCUUUAUUUCCUUUGGUAGACAAUAUUAAAUAUUGGACAUUUAUAUAAUAGGAAAAUUACUUUGUUGAAGAACUUUGA